AUGGGGCAGUACAAAAAAUCCAUUAGUGCUGCGAUCGUGAUCGCGGUGGUUGCGAUCUUGUGUCAAAAAUCAACGGUUAAAGCUCAGUUCUAUAGUUUAAGCUUUGGGACGGAUGAAAGCUACAAUACGGCGCCGGUACAAAAGGCGGCUCCUGCUGGACCCGCGCAGCAGCAGGAGUUCCGUCAAAAGGUGACCCCACUCGAGGCGAUGAUCGACAAAACCAAUCAUCUCGGGUUUCGUGUGCUUCAUCAGCAUUCGAAAGGGAAUAGGAACAAUAUUGCGUUUUCGCCCUGCGCCCUAGCAAGUAUUUUGGUGGCUCUUUAUGAAGGAUCGGCAGGGCAGAGUGCGGCGGAAUUGCACGAACAGCUGGUCGUGCCAUACGAUAAGGAUGUGUUGCGUGUCGGAUACAGGGAUAUCCAUCGCAGACUGCGAAGCUAUUUCUACCAAAGGGAAAAUUUGUUGAAUGGGCUUAGCUUGAGUAGUGAAAAUAUUACGAUAAGGCCCGAGUAUGAAUCGGUUCUUAAAUUUUAUGGAUACGAUUUGGAAAACAUUCCCGAAAUGCGAAUGUCAACCACUACAACCACAAUGCCCUCAACCACAUCCGAAAUGGAACUGGAAGAAACGACAUCCGAUGCAACUACUGUGAUGGGAAAUUCUACCGAAUCGAUGGAUUCUUCCACAACCAUCCCCGAUGAAUCAACGAAGGAGAGUGCUGAGGAAGAUGUACCAACAACUACGGAAGCAUCUCCGAGCACAGAAGAAAGUGUUGAGCCAGAUAUCAGCACCACCAUCCCAACAGAAACAACAGAGGAAUCUACAACAGAAGCAGAAACAACGGAAGAAACUUCUGAACAACCCACAACCGUGGAAGGCGACGAACCUACCGAAGAAACGGGCGGUGGUGAAAAGCGCCGUAGAAACCUUCGCAAACGUGGACAACGUUUGGUCCAUCGACGCAAUCCCAACUCACCCCAACGAAGACGAUCGCUCCGCCUAAAGCGACAACCGGAAGAAAUCGACAUCAUAGGUCAUCAACGGUUUUUGCAAAACUUUUUGCUACAAGACGUAACGACCAGUGCACCACCAAUUCUGGCUACGGCUGGGUUUCUAUCGCCCGGAGCAGCUGACAACACGGUACGCAAGAAUCCAUUCCUUCAGCAACCGGAUGCGUACCGCUUGCUGGACGAUACGAUCGAGCACAACUUUUAUCUGACUGAAACUGAUAUCGUGAAGGUACCGUACAAGGUGUACAACACGAUCCUAAAGUAUGCGUACAUUGAACGACUCCAGUCGACCGUUAUCGAGCUGGAGCUGGAUUCGGACGAUUACAAGCUACUCAUCAUACUGCCGGACUACGAGUUUGGGCUGAGCAAUGUGAUGAAGUUGCUGCAGAUCGGUGAAAAUGUACCGAGCCUUCGGGAGGUGACGGAUCAGAUGAGCCCGACCUGGGUGAAAACGAUCGUGCCGAAGUUUAAUCUCAAAGGAAACAUCAUACUGACGAGUGAUCUGCAAAACUUGGGUGUUAACGAUAUCUUUGAACCGUCCCGGGCUGACUUCUCCCUCAUGACGGAAGAUCCCACCGUAUACGCGAAGCACAUCGAACAAUCGAUCAACGUGAACAUUCGCACACAUUCGCUGCAGCAGCUAAAGCGAUUUACUUCACUCUACAAGAACCCGGUCGAGCUUGCCGUCAACUAUCCAUUCCUUUUCUGCAUCCUAGACAACGAGCUAGAUCUGGCACUAAUGGUCGGCCGGAUACUUAAUCCACUGAACGCACGUAUACACUAA